AUGGCUCGAACAAAUCAAACUGAGGAAACCAACCACGAUAAAUAUGAGGAAGAAGAACUCUUAUUUCCAUAUGGAAAAAAUCACUCCGGUAAAGAUAAUGGGGAUGAUGGUGCUUCGGAUGAUCAUCAUCAUCAUCAUCAUCAUCAUCCUCAUAAUCAUGACUCUGAUGAUGAAGAAACUCCGGAUGAUGAUGAUGCUUCGGACGACCCAUCGGAUCGUGAUGAUGAUGAUGAUGAAGAUGAUGAUGAUGAUGAUGAAGAUGAUGAUGAUGAUGAUGAUGAUGAUGAUGAUGAUGAUGAUGAUGAUGAUGAUGAUGAUGAUGAUGAUGAUGAUGAUGAUGAUGAUGAUGAUGAUGAUGAUGAUGAUGAUGAUGAUGAUGAUGAUGAUGAUGAUGAUGAUGAUGAUGAUGAUGAUGAUGAUGAUGAUGAUGAUGAUGAUGAUGAUGAUGAUGAUGAUGAUGAUGAUGAUGAUGAUGAUGAUGAUGAUGAUGAUGAUGAUGAUGAUGAUGAUGAUGAUGAUGAUGAUGAUGAUGAUGAUGAUGAUGAUGAUGAUGAUGAUGAUGAUGAUGAUGAUGAUGAUGAUGAUGAUGAUGAUGAUGAUGAUGAUGAUGAUGAUGAUGAUGAUGAUGAUGAUGAUGAUGAUGAUGAUGAUGAUGAUGAUGAUGAUGAUGAUGAUGAUGAUGAUGAUGAUGAUGAUGAUGAUGAUGAUGAUGAUGAUGAUGAUGAUGAUGAUGAUGAUGAUGAUGAUGAUGAUGAUGAUGAUGAUGAUGAUGAUGAUGAUGAUGAUGAUGAUGAUGAUGAUGAUGAUGAUGAUGAUGAUGAUGAUGAUGAUGAUGAUGAUGAUGAUGAUGAUGAUGAUGAUGAUGAUGAUGAUGAUGAUGAUGAUGAUGAUGAUGAUGAUGAUGAUGAUGAUGAUGAUGAUGAUGAUGAUGAUGAUGAUGAUGAUGAUGAUGAUGAUGAUGAUGAUGAUGAUGAUGAUGAUGAUGAUGAUGAUGAUGAUGAUGAUGAUGAUGAUGAUGAUGAUGAUGAUGAUGAUGAUGAUGAUGAUGAUGAUGAUGAUGAUGAUGAUGAUGAUGAUGAUGAUGAUGAUGAUGAUGAUGAUGAUGAUGAUGAUGAUGAUGAUGAUGAUGAUGAUGAUGAUGAUGAUGAUGAUGAUGAUGAUGAUGAUGAUGAUGAUGAUGAUGAUGAUGAUGAUGAUGAUGAUGAUGAUGAUGAUGAUGAUGAUGAUGAUGAUGAUGAUGAUGAUGAUGAUGAUGAUGAUGAUGAUGAUGAUGAUGAUGAUGAUGAUGAUGAUGAUGAUGAUGAUGAUGAUGAUGAUGAUGAUGAUGAUGAUGAUGAUGAUGAUGAUGAUGAUGAUGAUGAUGAUGAUGAUGAUGAUGAUGAUGAUGAUGAUGAUGAUGAUGAUGAUGAUGAUGAUGAUGAUGAUGAUGAUGAUGAUGAUGAUGAUGAUGAUGAUGAUGAUGAUGAUGAUGAUGAUGAUGAUGAUGAUGAUGAUGAUGAUGAUGAUGAUGAUGAUGAUGAUGAUGAUGAUGAUGAUGAUGAUGAUGAUGAUGAUGAUGAUGAUGAUGAUGAUGAUGAUGAUGAUGAUGAUGAUGAUGAUGAUGAUGAUGAUGAUGAUGAUGAUGAUGAUGAUGAUGAUGAUGAUGAUGAUGAUGAUGAUGAUGAUGAUGAUGAUGAUGAUGAUGAUGAUGAUGAUGAUGAUGAUGAUGAUGAUGAUGAUGAUGAUGAUGAUGAUGAUGAUGAUGAUGAUGAUGAUGAUGAUGAUGAUGAUGAUGAUGAUGAUGAUGAUGAUGAUGAUGAUGAUGAUGAUGAUGAUGAUGAUGAUGAUGAUGAUGAUGAUGAUGAUGAUGAUGAUGAUGAUGAUGAUGAUGAUGAUGAUGAUGAUGAUGAUGAUGAUGAUGAUGAUGAUGAUGAUGAUGAUGAUGAUGAUGAUGAUGAUGAUGAUGAUGAUGAUGAUGAUGAUGAUGAUGAUGAUGAUGAUGAUGAUGAUGAUGAUGAUGAUGAUGAUGAUGAUGAUGAUGAUGAUGAUGAUGAUGAUGAUGAUGAUGAUGAUGAUGAUGAUGAUGAUGAUGAUGAUGAUGAUGAUGAUGAUGAUGAUGAUGAUGAUGAUGAUGAUGAUGAUGAUGAUGAUGAUGAUGAUGAUGAUGAUGAUGAUGAUGAUGAUGAUGAUGAUGAUGAUGAUGAUGAUGAUGAUGAUGAUGAUGAUGAUGAUGAUGAUGAUGAUGAUGAUGAUGAUGAUGAUGAUGAUGAUGAUGAUGAUGAUGAUGAUGAUGAUGAUGAUGAUGAUGAUGAUGAUGAUGAUGAUGAUGAUGAUGAUGAUGAUGAUGAUGAUGAUGAUGAUGAUGAUGAUGAUGAUGAUGAUGAUGAUGAUGAUGAUGAUGAUGAUGAUGAUGAUGAUGAUGAUGAUGAUGAUGAUGAUGAUGAUGAUGAUGAUGAUGAUGAUGAUGAUGAUGAUGAUGAUGAUGAUGAUGAUGAUGAUGAUGAUGAUGAUGAUGAUGAUGAUGAUGAUGAUGAUGAUGAUGAUGAUGAUGAUGAUGAUGAUGAUGAUGAUGAUGAUGAUGAUGAUGAUGAUGAUGAUGAUGAUGAUGAUGAUGAUGAUGAUGAUGAUGAUGAUGAUGAUGAUGAUGACGAUGUUGUUGAUAUUGAAGUUGUUGUUGAUGAUGAUGCUUCAGUUUGGGACUGUAUUGACGUUAAGGAUGAAGAUGACAGUGAGUCUGCUGUCGAUCUUCAUGAUCAGGAUCUUGUGCAUGAUGUUUACGACCAUGGUGAUUAG